ACGAGGCAUAGUUUAGGGGGAAAAAGAAGGGUCAAGCGCAAACAAAGAAAGGAAAAAUAGAAGGGAGAGAUCGGAAUCGGAUCGGAGUUAGGAUUUGUUUGUGACAUCGGAAAGAGAAAUGAGAGGAGAAGAAGGUGCCGCCAAGGCGGCGGCUGCUGCUGCUGCUGCCAGUAAUGAUUCUGCAACAAAACCAUGGGUUGAGGAAUUGCAGGCAAUCGGAAGCCUUAAAGAUUCCAAAGACUCAGCCAUUCGCUCUGCUCGUUCCCUUCUCCAUAACUCUUCUAACCAUAUACGCUCUUUCCAGGAUUUUCUACCGCUGGCAUCUUCCCAGUAUAAGUCCUAUGAAGAUGCUUUUUUCAACAAACUUAAAGAGGGGGUGAUGAGUGCAAAGGAACACCCAGGUGCAGCCGUUGGGAUUACUAUUACUGCUGCUCUCUUUCUCAUGCCAGGGCCAAGAAGGCUUCUAUUUCGUAAAUUUCAAAGUGAAGAGGCAAAAUUUCUUAGGGCUGAGAAGAAUGUAAAAGAGUUAAAUGUAUCUGUUGAUUUGACGAAAAAGGAGAGCACUAAGCUGCUUGAAAGGGCAGCUCUUGCAGAGAAGGAUAUGAAGCGUGGCCAUAAGGAGCUCUUGAAUGCUGGAGGUCAAAUUCACCGUCUUGCCAAAUCAGUUUACAAGGUUGAGGCAGAAGCCGCAGAUUUGAAGGAUAGACUGCGAGAAAUCCCUGGCAGGGACGCGUUGAGACUACGAGCAGAGGUUGCUUCGAUAGUAUCGAUUUUGAGGCAGCAGAGGGUUUCACUUGACAAAAGGGUGAGGAAGAUAUCUGAAUUGGGGAUACCUGUCUGAUAUAAUUGGUGUUUUGGAAGGAUCUUUGAACUGAUGAUGCCCGCCUUUUCUGGAUCCCAUGUUUGAAGUACAUAUUUUGAAUUAUGUUAUACAGUUAUUUCCCCCACUUCAUUUUUGCUAUGUAUGAUUGAUUCUGGUAUCAAAGAAUGAUAAAUAUUUUAUAAUAAUGAUUAUUAUUUUAUUC